AUGAAAAAGAAAAGUCAAAGUAAAGGAAAUACUCAAAAAUUAUAAGUUGAAGUGGAUAUUAUUGUUUAAUCAUUUUUUAUAUGCAUAGGAAUAAAGAAUUGUUGGUUUUAAUAAAUAUUGCAAUCUCAAAAAGAAUCUGCUAAAUAAAAAAAAAUUAUUAAGCCUAAGGAUCCACAAGAUGGUCAGCAGCAUCAACUAAUAUUCCUCUGAAGAGUACAUAACUAAAUUACUACAAAUAGAUUAUGGAAAACAUGUAUUAGAAAAACAUAGGGAAUUUACAAAAAAAUUCCAACAGAAAAAUAAAUUAAAUAAGGUGUCAUCUAGACCAUCAUCUUGUUCAAGUUCACUUUCUAAAUAGACCAAACAAUCAGAAACUUAAUCAUAAUAGAAUCAGAGCUAUUUUAUAUAGAGUUUUAAUUUUACAUGCAAGAAUUCAGCAAAUGAAAAUUUGAAACGGGCACUUCAAGUCUAAUUAUGUAAAUCUUACAGACUUAGAUUAGAUAAAAUAUUCUAAUAAAGUUUGUCAAAUUUCUCAAUUCCAUUAAUCUUGAUAAACAUGCAGUAGUAAUACUUGAAAAUGGAUUUGAUGAGAUGGAUCUUUUAAAAGAAAUAUCAGUCGAUCAUUUAAAAGACAUGAAUAUACCUCCUAUAGAUGCAAGGAAAUUAUUGAACAGAGUGCAAAAAUUAAUGGAAACUGAAGAAAGAAAGCUUAUUCAAUUUUAAAAAUAGGCUUAACAUUUAAAAGAAUCUUAAAGUCAUAAAGAGGAGAUAGUUAAUUCAGAAAUUUACAAUGAGGAAGAACAACACCGAUUAUUUUAAGAAGCUGUUUUGGAAUAUAGAUAAUAAUAAAAAGAAUAGCCAAUAUAAUAUACAGAGGAAAUAUUAGUUGAAGAUGAAUCAUUAGGGUACAUAUCAAGUAGAUAAAAUAAAAAAGAAGAAUAACAAAGAAAUAAAAUGAAAUUUCUUUUAUCAGGAGCAAAUUAAUGGAAAAUGUUUGAUAUUGAUUAUGAUUAAAAAUAAGGGACUGAUUAAUAACCUGUUAUUAUUGAUAAAACAUCUUGUUAUUAAUGUUAUAGAUUAUUCGAUUAGAAAUAUGCAAUAUUCAAUAAUAGCAGAUAAUUUUGUACAUAAGAGUGUCUUGAAUCAUUUAAACUAUAAAAUAUAGUAAUCAAUUUAUAUGAAUUUUUAGUAUCUAAGUAGGUCUUAGUCAUGUGCUAAACAAAUUGAUAUUUCUUAAGCAUUUUAUGAAAUUGGUUAAUGGUUCUGUAAUUAAGAUUUUUUUAAAUAAUAUCAAUGGGAAAGUGUUAAUAUUAGAGGAAGAACACAUAUUAGUUUAUGA